UAGACCUCUUGCUGCUUUGCAAAAGAUGCGUCGGUAGUAUUUUGAGUCAAUCAGAUUGCCUGAAUACUGGACUUGAUACCUUCUUUUAACUUCAAAUUUUGCCACAAAACUCAGGAAUGUUUUGAUUCCUGAGUCCAAGCACCCUUGAUCUAUACAAUGAAUCUCAACAUAUCCGAGCAGGAAAUGCAAAGUUCCAGCAGCUGUUAUGUAGAAGGAGACAAAACAAAUCAGCUCCCCACGCACCUGAAAAGAAAUUUCUUUGAAGAGUCUGUGUCCUCCUAUUCCAGCAGGGCCAUCAUUUCUCAUUUUCUGGACCAAGCUACAAAGAAAAAUAAUUUAACAGCUCAAGACUUUGACUUCUCAUCAAGGAAUCUGUCUCAUUCCACUUCAGAAUCGUUUCAGGAGGAUAGAAGCAGUGACUGCUCCAAAGAUAGUGUACAGGACCUUGGCUCGCCUUUCAGUCAGUACCACACUUCAAAAACCAUUGAAGGGGAUCGAAUGCUCGACAAACACUUGCAAGCAAAGAGGGCAAGAGUAGAGAACAUCAUCCAAGGAAUGAGCAGUUCUCCAAACUCCAUUCUCCUCAACAGUGAGCUUGAGAGGGACUGUAGCCAACAACCUGGAAGUCUGGCAGACCGAUACAAAGAGAAUAAACGGAAGCAGAGACUUCCUCAACAGCAGCAAAAGCAUAAGGAGAAUCUCUGGAAACUUCCCAAAUUAACUGCACCCCUGAAGAAUAACAAGAGAGAGGAGUGUCAUAAAUUGAAGCAGCAGCUACAGGACAUGCAGGGAAAACUCCUUGAACUUCAAGAAAAGUUUUUCCAGAUGUACGAUGCCAGUGAGUCUGAACAGGAGGACACCUCUGAUUCUAGUUUCCACGUGGGUGGCCCUGAUUGCAAUGGAGAGAAUGGAGAAAAUACUCCAGAAAGAUGCCUUUCAGAAAUGGAUCAAGGUUAUGACUAUGCUCAAUCGUUUGGCCAAGAAGAAGAACUGACAAUGCAAAAAUAUGCAAACAAACAUGAUGUAAACAGGAAAUUCAACAAUCAUACACACUUUUCGUUCUCUCUUGUCAAGGGUGGCUAUCUUGCAGAGGCCCUUAAAUAUGAAUUAACCAAUGCAGUGGUUCAUAUUGUAGAUUCAGCAGUGCAGCUGUUCUCUCUGAAACCUUCAAACAUCUCUUCCCAAGCAUUUCAAAACUUGCCAACCUCUCUGCCUAAUGAGAACACAAACUUGAGGAUGGCCAGUCAUGGGCUUCGCUGCUCUCCAGAUUCAAUGAUGAUACACAGAUGUCAUGACCAUUCUCAAAACCCUCCUAUCUAUGACAUUCAGGAUCAGACAGAAGCAAUACCAUUAGUAGUGAGAAAAUCCUUCCAGAACCAAUCUAGCAUUGGUAACUCUGUUAUUAAACAAUCUUGCCAAAUGCCUAAUACCGAGACACCUUUAUCAUUAGCGCUAGGCUCGCAAAUGCCUUUGACUGAAUUGCCUGAACCUGUAUUGAGAUACGGUGUGCACAAUGACAUAAGACAUUGCCUGUCAGCUACUGCAAAGGAUACUUCAUAUUCUGAAUCAACGCCCAUUUCAUGGGAUGCAGGCAAACUGAGACCAAAGGUUAUCUCGCAUCAUACGGCAGAUCAACCAUACCCACGCUUGGGUCAAAGUGCAGCAGAGAAUCUCUGUCUUUCUCGCAUCAAGUCUGAAUGUGGAGAGCUGCAUUCCAUGGAAGAUGUCACUUCAUUCAAAUCCGUUAAUGUAUCCUUUCUAAGUGUCGUUUUGUUUAACAGAUGCAUCACGUCACAGCUCAUCAAAUGGUUCAGCAAUUUUCGAGAGUUUUACUAUAUCCAGAUGGAGAAAUUUGCCCGACAGGCUGUAAAUGAUGGCAUAACCAAUGCCAAUGAUCUAAAAGUCAACAGAGACUCCGAACUUUACCGUGCACUCAACAUGCACUACAAUAAAGCCAAUGAUUUUCAGAUUCCCAAGCAGUUUUUGGAAGUUGCGGAAGUGACGCUUCGAGAAUUUUUUAAUGCAAUCUACUCUGGAAAAGACUCAGACCCUUCCUGGAAAAAGAACAUUUACAAGGUGAUCUGUAAACUGGACAGUGAGGUCCCUGAGAUAUUUAAUUCUCAGGGGAGUCUGCAAGACAUCUUGUACAAUUAG